CCAUGCAGUGAAAGUUACGAACUUUGAAGAGAUAUCUUCUGAAGAAACGGUGAGCAUUGGGGGAAGUGAGGAAGUGAGGGUGUUGGGAUAUGGUGACGUGGGUAUGACCAGUGAGUCAUUUGAUUCAGAGAGGAUGGAGAAGGGGGUAGAAAGAAGUGAGAGGGUUGGGGUAGAGUGAAAUAUGGUUCCUAUUACCGUAGUAGAAGUGGAGGGUAGGAAUGAAAUGUGUUAUGACGUAGAUGCAAACAUUGUGUAUGAGGCCUGCUGGGGUAGAGGAGAGGGCAUGUUCUUCACCUCGAGAUCAUUGGAUGCCCAUGGGGGUAGCAGAAAGGACAAGGGAUGGUAUUAUUUCACUCCUAGAGUAUCAAUUAAGGAGAGUAGGAGUUUAUUUACAAUGGGUCCUUCAUCCAUUAAAGGAUGGAAGGAGAAAUUUUUCUUUGUAGAUGACACUAAGUGGGAGAGAGGGGAUGUUGAAGUAGAAUUGUUGUCAUCUUGGAAGGCUAAGAAGGCCAACCAAAAUAAAUAUAGUUUAAAUGAGGAUGAGGAGGAAGAGGUGGGGAAGUUGGUGAGGGAGGGGGGUAAGUUAGUUAACAUAAUGUACCUAACCAGUGCGGAUUGUAUAGAGGUUGCUGGGCUCUAUGGGCCAAGCGCUUUGAGUGAAGUUGAGAUGGAUAAGUUUUUGAAUGCUAUUGAGGGGGUGGCUAUUCCAAAGAAGCCGAGGAAGAAGUCAAAGGCUUCAACCAAGGAGAGAACUGAAGUGGGAGCUGGGAAGGAGUUAGUACCUAGCACCUCGGCUAGAGUUGAGGAGGUGCGGCCUAGGCUGGAGUUGAAGAGGAAUGGUAGUGAGCAGUUGGGAGCACUACAGAAAAAGAAAACGGUGGUGGAGCAGGAGGUGGAGGGGGCUGAAGUAAGAGCCCCUAGUAAAGGAAAAGGCCUUGUUCCCCCGUUGUACUUUCAGAGUAGCCUCUUUGAUGCGAAGAACGCAACGGGGGCAAGAAGGUUUAUUAAUGCAACCUUCUCCGAAGUGGACAAGCGUCAAGCUAAGGAAGAGGUGCUGAAGUAUUGUGGGGCAACUGUGGUGAAGCACGCUUUGGAGAGUGUGAGUUGGGUGAAUGCUCUUGCUCAGGAAUUUAUGAAGAGUGUGAAGGAUCACUCCCUCUUGCAAAGGCAGUGUGAGCAGCUGCAGAAGGAGAAUGAGGAGCUAGAAAAGAAAAAUAAAGACAUGCAAGAGCCAUUGGAUAAGGUGCUACCAACUGUGAUCCUCGCCUUCAUCGAUUGUAGAAAGAAGGUGAAAGCUAAAUAUCCCGAAGUGAAUAUAACAAAGAUCACCUUUGGCGAACAAGAGGAAGGGGUGGAAGAAAACGGUGAGAGUAUGUCAGCAGACUUCCGACCUGAGAUUAAAUUGAGGUGGGAUCACGAUGAAGAGGGACGUACCGUUUUUCCUCCACACUUGGACUUCAAGUUCGUAGUAGUGGAGGAAGAGGAAGCAGAGGUAGAUGGUGUUGGAGUUGAGGAAAACCAGCCACCUCAUCCAGUGGAGGUCCAUUCAAUUCCUUAUGACGAAGAGCAGCCACCUCUUCCAGCAGAGCAGUCGCCUCUUCCAACAGAGCAACAGCCACCUCAACCAUCUCCCCUAGUAGAAUAAUUUUUUGUUUUUUGAUCUUUCUUGUUUGAUAACAUUGGAACAAUUGAACAGUUUGUAAUUUUUAUUAUUUGAUUUUAAUAACAAAAUUUUGUUUUUGAAAUUAUGUGUAAUACUUACUCUGUGCUUUAUUUGUUUUAUAUUAGUCAUAAAAACUGAGGUAAAGU